AUGCUAAUGGGAACGGGUGAGGUCGAAUCAUUACCAUAUGAGCUAUCUGGAUCUGGGGGUUGCGGAUUCGAUACCUUUCAUUGGGAAAUGCUCGGCAAUGACAGCAUCUGCUCUUUCCCCCUGGAAUCAUUCCAGAAUUCCAGCCAGACCGGUCAACAUGACCAUGGGAUAUCCCUGAUUCCUUCAGAUGCAUACGGCUCUCCCAUAUCAUUAUCUCGGUCUUGUAAAUGCGACGAGGAGGUUUCCAGUAUAGUCCGAGACCUGAGUCGCGCAGAGAUGUCACACGAUAUCAUCCCCAUGCUUCGUACAGGAGCCUCCCUCGCAGAAAGACUCCUGAAUUGUCCAAUCUGCUACGACGUCUCAAAACCACCUCGGGUGACCGUGCAAAACGUGCUGCUGAUCGGCCAGUUGAUGCUGGAAGUCACAUCUGGUUACCAGAAAUAUCUGCGCUGGCUCAAGAAAUACUGCACCGAGCUUGAUACCAAGAGUGAGAGUAACACCGUUUAUCUUGAGUCCAGUUUUGGAGUUCCCUCGGAACUCAAUUUACAGAUCAGCGGCGAGAAACUGCAGGAUCUGGUUACGCACGGAUUGCAGGUCGAUGCGGAGCGGUUGUUGGCGCUGGGGAAGCGGUUUGCGCAGCGGCAACGCAACCGACAUAUGGUUGGUCAUGAAAGUUGUCCUGAUUCCGAAGGGCGCUGUCGGAGAAAGGAGGAUGGUGUGGACCAUGACCCGCUGGAUAUCUGUCCGCAAAAUCCCGUGGCGAGGAAAUUGGUGCCUUGUUUCCGGAUUGUUGAUGAGGUUCGUGGGAUGAUUGAGCAGGUUGCAGAUGCUGUUGUGUGA